UAUACCCAGAAGUGAGGCAGAGAUUGCGCGCGGCGGAGUGAUAGAAAGAUACUGCAAAUUUGCUGGAAAAGUCAUGGAAUAUUUAGGAAAAAAUGAAUAAUCGCACAGCAACGUAGCUACAGUAAGAGCGCAAAGGUUCGCAAUCAGGACUAUGCGGUAUUGAUUACGAAAUUGCUGUUCUCCUCUUGUGAAUAACUACACCUACGUGGUCGAGAAAAUAACAACUAAGGGAAUUCCGCUGAGAAACAGGACAGCAAAACUACUGGAUUGUGAAAACAUGGAGACAAGGGGAGAAGCGAGCCGAGUCCAAGUUUUGGGAUUUUGAACCUGAAAUAAAACAUCAGGGAAUUCUUGGGGUCCUUUUAAACAGAAAAUGCUGUGGACUUUUAAUUCGACGCUCGGUUGUUUUUUUCGCUCACUAGAUGUUGGUGAAUUGAUUAUUUAGGAGCAGAAGGAAAAUCGGCGAGCUAGCCUAAACUUAGCUAGCAGCUAGCUACUGUAACGUUAGCUAACAUCAAAGAACAGUAAAGUUUUCUGCCGGAGAGCUCGUCUGAUUGUUUAAAUGAAAACCGUUUCAUUUUGGGUGUCUGUGAAAGGAAAACCGCUUUAAAGACUUAGAUGCACGAUUUUGAAAUGAGUUGGGACUUGUAAACAAGAAAAGUGGCUACGGUUUCCAGAAGUCUCGAAGGGAGAGUGGAAGGUGUUUUUUUUUUCUUUUUUGGGGAAAAAGUCUUUCCUUUUUUCACCAGUAGUAUACGGUAUCACGAAAGCAAAGAGGCCUAUUUCGAGACGGUGAAAGAUUUCUUGUGAAAAACCGAUGCCACAUAUUCAACGAGGAAUACAGCAGCGAUUCCCAAUUACGGGUUAGAAGUUCGUUACGGAUUAUUUUUCUCUUUGUUAUGAAAGUAUCCGAAAUCCCUACGAACACGACUGAAGAUAUUCACAAGCUGCAACCUACAGCGAUGCAGACUGGGAACACUAGCAUGGGAACAUUUCUGACGGGAAACUGAGAAGGAAAAAAAUUACAGCCUAUCUCGUAAUAGACUACAUCUAUCUGUCCGUCAGUUAGACAAAAUCUUUUUUUUUUUAAUCCCACAAAAAGCAACGGACAAAAAGUGAUGAUAACCGCUUUAAAUGAAAACAGGAAUAAUCGUGCAAGUGGACAGAGACGAAGAGUUGGAAAACGAGGAGAGUAUAUGGUUAUUUUGUGGGGAAACAAAUUAACAAUAGGUAUAGCUAACGUUAGCUAGCUAAUACUUCUCUGGCGGUAUUGACAAAGGCGGCUGCUGCUACGGUGGCAGACGAAGCGUGUUGGAGAGUCCGGGUUAGCAUUUUUAUUCUGAUAAAAAGCAUUAUCUAGUAUAGGCUAUAUCCAUUCCCUCAUUAAAUAUUUCCUGCUACUCCGAGAUAAACGUAGGAUUGCACAGCAGCAAACAUUUUUGCGCAUUUGUGGGUUAUUUUAUAAGAAGGAUAUUUGUUUACACGUUACACUGUGAUUUACGAUGUUUUUCCUUUCUUCUGUUCAUAUUACGAAGGAAAUAAAUAGCUAACCGUUCACAAAAACAACGGGGAUCCAGUGUUAACUAGCAUAUUUUAUAAGCUGAUAUUUCAGUCAACUGUCAUCAUUGCUCCUCGUUUUCAAACGUAUAUCACCUUGACGGAUAUUAAGGAGGGACCUGCUACUUUCCACAACACGGAUGGUUUUUGUUUUUUGGUAAGAUGCUAAUUGGAUAAAAGCCGAAGACAAACUAGAAACAAAAGCCCAAUGAGCGGCACACAGUCUACAAUCACUGACAGGUUUCCCAAAAAAGCGACCAGGGCAAGCAGCAUUCUCAGCAAGGACCACCCCCCAGACAAGAAGCCCAAGAGUGACAAACAGACCACGCCCCCUUCGCAUGAGUUUGACCCUACAGGGCUCGUCCAGCGAUGUGUGAUCAUUCAGAAAGAUGAGAAUGGCUUUGGGCUGACCGUGAGCGGAGACAACCCCGUGUUCGUCCAGCUGGUCAAAGAGGAUGGCGCCGCAAUGCGGGCUGGCGUUCAGACCGGUGACAGGAUCAUUAAGGUGAACGGGACCUUAGUGACGCAUUCAAACCAUGUAGAAGUCGUGAAGCUGAUUAAGUCGGGCUCCUAUGUGGCCCUCACGGUUUUGGGGCGGCCCCCGGGCUUGCCCCAGAUCCCCCUGUCGGAGGGCGAGGGGGACGUCGGGCUGCCCUCCACGACGUCGCCGCACUCUCCGGGCCCGGCCGGGGGGGACCGCACCUCCAGCACCUCCAGCCCCUCCGACAGGAUCACCGCCCCGCUGCCCGUCUGGGAAGAGAAUAAUAUCGUUCACUCCCAGAAGGUGGACAUCUUGCAGAAGAUGCUGACCAAGGAGCAGCAGGAUUUACAGGCCAUGAAGGAGGAGUACAGCAGGAACCCCACUCCUAAACUACUGAAGGGCAUUCAGGAAGCCAAGAAGCACAUUCCACAGCUACAGGGCCAGCUGAGCAAGGCCACCGGGGGCACGCAGGAUGGCCUUCCUUCCCCUCGGCCAGGGGAUGUGCUGCAUUUGAGCGAAGCUGAAGAUGGCAGCGCAGGCGAUGCAGAUCAGAUACUCUCCUCACGCAGCGAUAGCUGGGCCAACAGCACCCCUGUCACUCCCAGCCUGCCCUCCACCUUCCCAGAGAGCCCGUGCCAAAGAGACACGCCCUGUAACAGCCCAAAGACCACGCCCAGGGACAGCCUCAACUCCUGCCCCUCCCCCGAAACAGAGGACACGCCCGACCCGGACUCUCACUCCCAGUCCAGUGUGGGAAGCCCCUCCCCCCGCCUCGCCCCGCAGAUCAUUGGAGCGGAGGAUGACUACUUUGACACUGAGCAGGAACAGAUAAAUGGCCAGUGUAGUUGUUUCCAGAGUAUUGAGCUGCUGAAAUCUCGCCCUGCUCACCUGGCUGCCUUCCUCCACCACGUGGUCUCACAGUUUGAACCCGCCCCGCUGCUCUGCUACCUCUACGCUGACCUGUACAAACAGACCAAUUCCAAAGAGACCCGUCGGAUCUUCAUGGACUUCCACACGUUCUUCAUGGACCGAGCCGCGAAUCUUAAAGUCGCCGUACCAGAGUCCAUUGCCUCUGAACUGGAGCGGCGGAGGCCAGAGCUGAUCCCGGAGGAGCUCCACAGGCAGUAUGUGCAGGUUCUGCAGGACAGUCUGGUCCCCGACAUACAGAAAAACCUGGAGGACUUCAGGCAGAAGCGCAGCAUGGGCCUGACGCUGGCCGAGGCGGAGCUCGUGCGGCUGGACACGGAGCGGGUCAGAGACCGCGUGGCGCUGGAGAGGGAGCGCUCCUGCGCCGAACACAUCAUCUCCAAGAUCGAGGAAGUGCUGCUGACGUCACAGCCCACAGAAGAGGAGAAGUGCAGCACCAUGCAGUUUGUCAUUCUGACCUAUAUGAAGCAGCUGGGUGUGAGGGUGAAGGAGCCCCGGGGCCUGGAGCCCAAACGAGUCCGCAUACAUUUCCUGCCCAAGAUAAAGAAGAGCAUAAAGAUUGAAAAAGAAGGGGAAGAGAAAGUGAAGAAGCCUCGAUUUCCCAGCAUCCUCGGCCCUCCCAGGCGACCCAGUCGAAUCGACGCCCCCUCGAUAGGCAGAGCCAUGGAGAUGAAUAAGCCGCGGCCGCAGAAGCAGCUGUCCCAGCCAGCGAUGAACAUCGCGGAGUACGCGGACCCCAGCCGCGCCCGGGGCAGCCAGUCCAGCGAGGGCUCGGAGACCCCGGCGCUCACCACCUCCCCUCCCUUCAGCCCCUCCAUCACCCAGAGCCCCGAGGGAGGCGGCCGCGAUUCGGACAGCGGCCUCACGCCCUCCUCCGCCCUCCCCAGGGUGGGUGAGGGCCUGCACACGAGCGACGCCCUGGACGGCACGCCCCACACGCCCAGCACCCACUUCGACUUCAGCUCCUGCAGCGUGGAGCAGAGGCAGGACGAGGAGCGCGACAGCGACAGGGCUCCGGACGGGGGCACACCCAGGCCCAUCAGGAGAAUGGACACUCUGGGCAGUGCUGAGCUCCAGAGCGAGGAUGACCAGGGUAAUGAAACGGAGCUGGAGCAGGACCCGCCCAACUGGCAGCAGCUUGUGAGCCGGGAGGUGCUGGCUGGGCUCACGCCGCACGAGAUCAAGAGACAGGAAGUCAUCAACGAGCUGUUCUACACGGAGCGUGCUCACUUGCGCACGCUCAAGGUGCUGGACAGUGUGUUCUGUCAGAAGCUCACCAGAGAAGCCAUCCUUCCUGCUGCAGACAUCAAGAACAUCUUCACCAACCUGGAGGAAAUCGUUCAGCUGCACGUUUCCAUAUCUGACCAGAUGAGCGCGAUCAGGAAGAAGACCGAGACGACUGUCGUGGACCUGAUAGGAGACGACCUGCUGUCCUGGUUCGGCGGCGGCGAGGAGGAGAAGAUCAAGCGAGCGGUCGGCACCUUCUGCAGCAACCAGCCCUUCGCCCUGGAGCUCAUCAAGACCCGGCAGAAGAAGGACGCGCGCUUCUCCUCCUUCAUGCUGGAGGCGGAGAGUAACCGCCUGUGCCGCAGGCUCCAGCUGAAGGACAUCAUCCCGGCCGAGAUGCAGAGGCUCACCAAGUACCCCCUCCUCCUGGAGAACAUCGCCAAGUACACAGAGGACGCUGAGGAGAAGGAGAAGGUGAAGAGGGCAGGGGAGUGCUGUAGACAGAUACUCAACUAUGUCAACCAGGCAGUGAAAGAAGCUGAGAAUAAACAGAGGCUGGAAGACUACCAGAGAAGGCUAGACCUGUCAUCAUUGAAACAGAGCGAGAACCCCAUGAUCUCGGAGUUCAAGAAUCUGGACUUGACCAAGAGGAAGAUGGUGCAUGAGGGACCUCUCUCCUGGAAGGUCAACAAAGAUAAGACAAUCGAGCUGUACACGCUGCUCCUGGAGGACAUCCUGGUGCUGCUGCAGAAGCAGGACGAGCGCCUGGUGCUCAAGUGCCACAGCAAGAACCUGGCAGGCACGGCCGACACCAAGCACAUCUUCAGCCCCAUCAUCAAGCUCAACACCGUGCUGGUGCGCUCCGUCGCUACAGACAACAAAUCCUUCUUUGUGCUGUCCAUGUCCGAUAACGGAGCCCAGAUCUAUGAGCUGAUGGCGCAGACUGUGUCCGAACAGAGAACGUGGCAGUGUCUGAUCACGCAAAGGGCGGACUCCAUGAAGACGAAAGCGCACAAUGUCAUUCCUUUACCUCAGACGGACGGGGAGCGCGACGCAGUGGAGAUGAUCGGCGCCGGAGUCAAACUGAACAAGGACCCGGACCGCACUUCCACCGGAAGCAUCCAGUCCCCUGAGAAGGAUGGCAGCACCUCUUCCGCAGGGGUGACGCAGACCCCGCCCCCGGGGUCCAACCCCUUCGAGGAGAUCAAAGCGGGGGAGGAAGGGGCGGAGCUGGAGCGGGAGGGGGAGGAGGUGCCGUACCUGGAGCCCGACCUCGCCGACAGGCUGCCCUUCCUGCCGCAGAGGUCGCGCCAGGGCGUGGCCGUGGACGACGACGACGCCGACCCCUUCUGCUUGCCCCCCUCCAGAGCGGAGGAGGCCCUGCGCACCUUGGCUACUCUACGGCAGGUCCUGUUAAGCCAGAUGAUGGCCCAGGAGGAGGGCGAGAGGGCGGGGCGAGCCGGCGGGGGCGGGCGGCUCCUGAGGACCACCUCGCUGAGGGGCCCCAUGGAGAGCACGGGGGCCCGGGUGUCCUCGGCCCCGCUCCGGUCCCCGGAGAACGGAGGCGGGAGGGAGGAGGCGGCUCGAGCGCUGGCCUCCGGGGACACGGGCUUCUUCGAGAGCUCGGAGGACUGCGCAGGUAGCUAUAUGGUUCUGGAAGGAUACGGGGGCUUGGGGGAGAGCAGCACCGAUGAGGACCUCCAGGGCGGCGAGAAAGAGCUGGGAGCUCGAUGGGUCUCGGCGGCAGACUCCGGGAUCGACCUGAAGAAGCUGCUCUCAGCCUCCUCGCAGCCAGGGGGCGCCCCUAACCUCAGCCGGCAGGUCAUGACACACCUGCGCGUGCUGCAGGCCAGCCUGCAAUACCUGAAGGAUGUGGAGAACAGAUAUAACCAACUACGCCAAAGUAUGGCAGCAGCUACUGACACAGACGAGAACAAAGACAAGAGUUAGUGCUGGCGGAGCUGCCCAGGCCCUGUGUCCAAACAUGAGGGAAGCGAUGGGGAUGGAGGGAGGGGCAGCCUCUUGUCUCUCUCCUUUGGGACGUCCCAUUACAGCCUGUGCCCCUAAUCCCCCCACCUCCCACCAGCCAACCCCCCCUCCCCAAAUUACUGCUGAGCCCCUAACCUCACAGAGACUGAAGAGAGCGAGUGAGAGGGAUGGAGGAGGGGCUUCCAAGAGGCUCCUCCCCUCUGCCAGCACAAGGCAAUCAGGGAGACAGACUGCCCUCAGAUGCAUGCUCUGGCCCCGCCUCUACCACAGUGACCCCACCCAACCCUACCAUUUUUGGGUCCACCCAGCCUCCCCCUCCCCCCUUCAUUCUACCAAUCCGAACAAAAACGAACUAUACCAAAAUGUAUAAAGCUUUGUGUUUAGAAUAUAUUAAACA